AUGGCUGGUGAUGUUAGGCUUGCCAGCGGACGUGCUUGCUCGCCAUUAUCACCUGGAAUUGGCUGCAAUCGGUUGGUAGAUUUUGCUGGCAACUCAGCAGUCCAACUUGGCGACGGGUUCCACCGCUUGUUCUGCCAGACCAGGAAUGUCGAUAGACUGCAUCCUUUGAAGAAUAACCUACCCAGAAACCGAGCUGGUCAAGCGGUGAUCAGCUACAUCACAGAGGUGUGCCUCUACGUGAUGAGGGUGUUGAGAGACGUGCCUCUGGAGAACCGUGAAGAAAUGGCAGUUGCGGUGAUUAUUUUGGGUCCGCCAGACGACGCCAUGUUGCGUCACUGCCGCCUUUUAAGCCGACUACUCACGGAGGUGCAGCAGGUACUCAGUCAAGACCCGCUGCUUAACACGGCAUCCGCGUCUCCCCCUCCAGCCCCCUCUCAACCCAACCACCAACUGGCUAUAUCACGGAGAUAA